AUGGAAAGCUUCACAAAUAGAAUUGAAAAAGGUUUUCAAAAUUUAAAGAAUUUGUUUAAGUGCAAUGUUAAGCAACAAACUAAAUACAACAACAUUUUGUACGAAGAAUUCUUUCGGUGUGAAAAAACAGCGCAAAUUUUAGGCUUUAAAUUCCUAAAAAGCCAUAAGUCUUUGACUAAUACGUGGAUAAGGGCUAAUAAUAUAGCAUUUGAAGUUGCGAUAAUUAUUCUUUUAAUGGUUGAAAUAGUUUCAUUCGUCAUGUCAAUUCGGAGGAAGCUAUUCCUCACAUCCAUAGACAAUGCUUUGUUUUAUGGAGGAUUUUUCGUGGUUGCAGUAAAAAUUUACUUAAUUUUUUAUCGAAAUCGUGCGAAAUUGGACCAAAUUAUUGAGAAAUUAGAUGAACAUUUUCCUCAUCAUGGAGUCGAUCAGCAUACAUUUAAGGCUCAAAAAUACUUGAAUACAUUAAAAAGAUUUGAAGCAAUUUACUACGUCAUUUUUUUGACUACUGGCUUGCAAUUUUGGAUGAUGCCAUACUUGCAUCAACUUUAUGGAACUAUAAAUUCUAUAAAUGUUGACUGGAUGACGGUUUAUGCCUUAACAUUGCCAUUUAAUCAACUCCAGCCAGUUGUGUAUGAAGUGAUGUGGAUGCUCGAAGGUUGGAUUUUUAUGUGCACAAUUUUUUACAUCAUCUGCACUGAUUUGUUGUUUGCCAGCUUAUGUGAAAUUCUUGCAAUGGAGUUUGACAUUUUGGGGCAGGCUAUCCGUAAAAUUGACAUGAAUGAAAGAGAGAAUGACGCAAUUAUGAAGCUCAAAAAACUUGUUGGCAUCCAUCAAGAACUUAUUGAAGUUUCUAAGAAAUUGGAUGAAAUUUUCUCACCGCUGCUACUCAUCAACAUUUUCGGAUCGAUCACAACAUUGUGCACUGCUGGUUUCUUACUUGCUUCAGGAAUCAACGGAUAUUUCGUUGCAAAAUAUUUCAUAUUUCCACUGUGCCUGACUAUGCAAAUAUUCUCACAUUGCCAUUUCUCACAGCAUUUGAUUGAUUCAUCAACAUCAAUCGCUACAUCAGCUUACAACUCAGAUUGGUUCAAAGGCAAUGUUGAAUUUCGUCGAUUGAUUCUUCAAGUUAUGACGAGAGCUCAAAAUGCUCAAAAAAUAACAGGAUGGAAGUUCUUUGAUGUUUCUUUGGAGACAUUUCAAUGGGUAAACAUUAUUUUUGGUAUAAGUCAUUCACUUACUAUUAAGCGAAAGGCUAAGAUUUAUUAA